UCCACGUAGAAAGGCUUUGUGAUAUCCCCAGCCAACAGAAACAUGUCGUCGCCUUCUCUUCCCAUGCCUUCGCUGCCCCCUAGUCCACUGGCAAUGGAGUACCUCAAUGACUUUGACCUCCUCAAAUUUGAGGUGAAAUCAGACACUUCUCCUCUACCCCCGACUCAUUGUGCGUACCCCAAACCGGGCCUCCCCGGCGAUACCUCAGGAUCCCCCUGCCCGGGCGGCCCCGUGCCCAAGGACUCAAGCCUGAGCUCCAGCCCAUGCAACUCCCUACCCCCCUCCCCCACGCUCAGCGACGUCCACCCUCCUCCCUCCGCAGCCUCCUCUGUGUCCUCCUCGUCCUCCUCCUGCAUGUCCUUCCCCCUCUCCCUCUCCAACAGCUUCACCUCGGGUAUCAGCUCGGGCUCUCAGGGAAACGUGGAGGGAAGCCCUGGCCACGGCAGCGGGUGCCCCCAGGGGCCCGGCGGCCCUGGCCCUGCGUCCCUGGAGGACUUGAUUUGGCUGGCCGCACUGCAGCAGCAGUUUGGCAACGAGGCCACGAUGGGGCCCGGCUCUCUGCUAGGGGGCCUGGGAGCGGGGCCUGAGCGGGUGGACAGGGAGAGGGGAGCGGUCCCGGGGUUCCUGGGCUGCGAGGAUGCAGUGGAGGCCCUGCUGAACUCGGCUGCUGCGGCUGUAAACUCACAGUUCCCGGUCCUGUCUCAGAGCUCCAGCAGUAACCUGGGGGACUCGGGCAGUGACAGCGGAGGGGACAUGUCUUGCACAAAGGGGACAGACAUGUGCCAUCGCCCACUCGUCUUCCUCUCCUCUGGGCCGAACUCAAUGCCCAGUGCCACGGCAGGCUCGGCACCCUACCCGCAAGCGACCAGCCCUCAGGGUCGGCUUCAUCACUAUCCACACAAUCAUCCCCAUCAUCAUCAUCAACACCACCCACACCAUCCCAUGCUUGGGCACCAUCACCAUCAUCACCUCCAACUCAGUCAGUGUGGUGGGGCCGAUGAUCGCUUCUCUGACGAGCAGCUUGUGAGCUUGUCAGUGCGGGAGUUGAACCGACACCUCCGCGGCGUGAGCAAAGAUGAGGUGGUGCGGCUGAAGCAGAAGCGGCGGACACUGAAGAACCGUGGCUACGCCCAGUCCUGCCGCUACAAGCGCCUCCAGCACCGCCACGCGUUGGAGUCUGAGAAACACGUGCUCACACAACAGCUGGACCAGUUGCAGUGUGAGCUGGCCCGAGUACUCAGGGAGCGGGACGCCUACAAGGCCCGCUACGAGAAGCUGGCCGGCGCCAACCUUGCAAGUAGCGAAGCACUGAUGGCACGCAGUACCAACCCCCCCUCCCCACCCCCGGACUACUUCCUCUGA